AACAUUCAAUUAACAAGUGCUCGUUUCUUCUAAGCAUUGCGGUAGAAGUCAGCCAGCAGCAACUCGUAGCUGGAGAGAGUGGUGUCGGAAAGAAACAGAUUCAGAGAGAAAUAAUUAACGCUGUACCGGUACAGUUAGUCAGACCAGAACCCAUCAAUAUAGUAAAUCAUCAUUAAAAUAACCACUUCUCUGAAAAAUACCACCUACAUAAACCUGGGCUAACCGGAAACAAACUGAGCUUAAAAUGACCAAUGUGUUGAUCCUUGGCAAGUAAAUGGCGUCCAAAGUGAGAGAUGCUGUAGUCUGGUACCAGAAGAAGAUUGGGGCCUAUGAUCAACAGAUAUGGGAGAAAUCAGUAGAACAAAGAGAAAUCAAGGGCCUGCGGAACAAGCCAAAAAAGACAGGACAUGUGAAACCAGACCUCAUAGAUGUUGACCUUGUGAGAGGGUCAGCGUUUGCUAAAGCUAAACCGGAAAGCCCAUGGACCUCACUGACCAGGAAAGGGCUUGUACGAGUGGUGUUCUUCCCCUUCUUCUUUAGGUGGUGGAUACAAGUGACGUCAAAAGCCAUCUUUUUCUGGCUGCUAUUUCUAUACCUCCUUCAAGUUGCAGCAACAGUGUUAUUUUUCACCAAUUCCCAAACACACAACGUCCCUGUAACAGAGGUGUUUGGUCCUAUCUGUUUGAUGUUGAUGCUGGGGACCGUUCACUGUCAGAUUGUGUCAACGCGCACUCCCAAACCCACUCCCAGUAGCGGAGGGAAGAGGAGAAGGAAGUUAAGGAAAGCAGUACAUUUGGAGGUGCAUAGGGAAGGUGAUGGCUCUAGCACUACAGAUAACACACAGGAGGGGGUGCUGCAGUGCUCCGGUUCUGUCUCCACUUACAGCCUUGGCGCUUUCUUCAGAGAUUUCUGGCAUGAUUUCUUUAAACCGGGAUCCAAGAAGACCAAGCUAUCCAUUGAUAAGUCGACAGAGACUGACAAUGGCUAUAUGUCUCUGGACGGAAGGGUAACCAGCAAAAGCAGUGAGGACGGGAUCCAGAUCCAUGAGCCCCACUCUGAGGUCUUGAGGGCUGAGGAGAGAAGGAGCACAGGAGGAGCUACCAGACACAUACAUCACCAUGCAACUCAGCACAAGGAUGUUCAGAGAACGAUAGAGCAUGCGUCUGACGAGGUCUCGAGUGAGGAGGACCCUGAAACCGGGUACAGUCUUGGCCGGCGUAAUGUUGAGCGCACAUCGAGUGACUACGUGCUGCGCAACAGAAAGCCUCACCACUACAAGAAACACUACCCUGUUGAGGAGGCUUCUAAGUCUGGUACUGGCUGCAGCUCUCGAUGCACUAGCUCCCGUCAGGACACUGAGAGCAUGCGGCACGAAUCAGAGACAGAGGAUGUGCUGUGGGAGGACUUCCUGCACUGUGCAGAGUGCCGCUCCUCCUGCACCAGCGAGACCGACGCUGAGAACACAACCAGCGUCUGCACAGCCAGCAAGAAGGAGUUCAGAGACGACCCCUUUCAUCAGGUCUGUGACAAUGAUUCUAGUCACACUCCUUGGCUUCACAGCUCUAAUCCAGGUCUUGAAAGAGUGAGCGCUAUAGUGUGGGAGGGGACCGAAUGUAAGAAAGCAGACAUGUCUGUUCUAGAGAUCAGUGGGAUGAUUAUGAACAGGGUGAACAUCUACACUCCAGGAAUAGGUUACCAGAUAUUUGGCAACUCAGUGUCAUUAUUCCUCGGACUGACCCCCUUUGCAUACAGACUCUUCCAGUACAAAGACCUGGAGCAGCUUGCCACUCUUUCCACUAAUGAACUCUUUUCCAUUGCAUUCGGCUCCAGCCUCGAUGUCAUGGUUGUUUCAAUGGUGAUAGUCAGCUUUGUGGUUCGAGUUUGUCUCAUUUGGCUCUUUUUCUUUCUUCUGAGCGUCGCGGAGCGAACGUACAAGCAGAGAUUACUUUUUGCCAAGCUUUUUGGCCAUUUAACUUCUGCAAGAAGAGCCAGAAAGUCGGAGGUUCCCCAUUUUCGUUUAAAGAAAGUGCAGAACAUUAAGAUGUGGCUCUCGCUUCGCUCGUAUCUGAAGAGACGGGGCCCGCAGAGAUCUGUGGAUGUAAUAGUUUCAUCUGCAUUUUUGCUGACUCUCUCAGUGGUGUUUAUCUGCUGUGCACAGCUGCUGCAUGUCCACGAGACAUUCUUGGAAUGUCACUACAAUUGGGAACUGAUGAUCUGGUGCAUUUCCUUAUCGCUCUUUUUGCUGCGGUUUGUCACUCUGGGAUCAGAAACAAGCAAAAAAUACAGCAACACCUCCAUUCUACUUACUGAACAGAUUAACCUGUACCUGAAGAUGGAGAAGAAACCUAACAAGAAAGAUGAACUGAUUUUAGUGAACAAUGUGCUGAAACUGGCCACCAAAUUAUUGAAGGAGCUGGAUACCCCAUUCAGAUUGUAUGGACUGACCAUGAAUCCUUUACUUUAUAACAUUACUCAGGUGGUUAUCCUGUCUGCUGUCUCUGGAGUCAUUAGUGACCUCCUGGGUGUUAAUCUGAAGCUUUGGAAGAUCAAAUCAUGACAAGCAAACUAAGUGAAUAUUACAUUACCUUCCGAUUUACUGAUCGGAGAAAGCAGCAAAAAGUGACUCUGGGCUUCAGAAACUGUGGCCUAUCCUCAGACACAUCAAAGUGCUUACAUUUGAGACAUUUGUGCAAUUUCAAUAUUUAUUGUACCCAUUCAGUGUUUUACUUUAUUUUGCACUUGUUUUAUUUACUGUUUUUAAUUGCAAGUAUUACUUUAGUUAAGUUCUUUGUAAUGGUGAGCAAACUGGAGUAGAAAGAUAAUUACCAGCAGCUUGUUUUGUGUUGCUGGGACAAAAAGAAUUAUGGCACCUGACUUUUAGAAAACAAAAAUAAUUUACACUAGAAACAUUUCACUGUUUAAAGCACAGCUGCUUCUGACAUUAUUGUCUUCAGUCAGACCUCGGUUCUGUGCAGUGUGAUACAAUCACUCCUACACUGCAGCCACCAUUUUUGUAACUGUAUCCUCAGGGAGCAUAUACAGUAAAUGGCAAGGUAUUCGGAGUGUUGUUUUUUAUCCUGUUCACUGACAUUCAGCUGUGUUUUUAAACUGUGUCGAUAUACAGUACUAGUAAGAGGUGCAGAUAUGACUCCUGGCUUAAAAUGAAUUUAGUUUGUUUUAACAAACAGCAACAAAACCAAAGACUGGACUUCUAAAUAUGGCUUUCUCUCUCUAGUUAGUACAUGUAGCUGAGCUUUCAUUUUACCAGACUGCUAUUUAAUAUUAAAAAUAAAAGUCUAAGAUGACACAAACCUGCUAUUAGAGGUAGGUGUGCAGAGGGCUGUGUUUCGGGAGACGGUUGUAUUUUAAAUCUGUUUAUUUAUUUGAUGUAUUUUCUACUCUGCCCUUUUUCUGCUUCAUAUAAAUUGCAGAAAACAAUAGCUGUUACAAUGUUAGGAUUGCAGUUUGUGCACCCUUCCUGUUUGAUAGCUCAGUCAGUACGUAUUCUAACUGUAUUUAGAGCAAUAACUGUAAAUAGCUAGCCAGAUAGAAGGUAUUUUGAUAGAAAUUAGGAAUACAUGUAUUUAUUGAAACACUGUGCAUGCUCACAAAAUGUGUACUUUUAAACUGUUACAUUGUUUUAAUGUCCAAACAUCUUCAUCUGAAUAACUAGGAGCCUGUUUCUGUUACGUGUGUGUGUGGAGCAGUCUCUUUGAUAAUGACCAAAGUGCAUUGUGUUGGAUAUGAAUGUAUUAGUGUAGCUUUAAAAUGUUUGCUUUCUAUUGAAGACUCUUUACUGUAAAUGUGGUUGUUAUUUUGCUUUAUAUGCAGAUGUUAGACUUUAGGACUUUUUUUUUUUUUAAGCAGAUCGGACAUGCUUUGUAAACCACUUUCAAAAGAAUUAGGUGCAUUGUUGCAAGGACAGUUUAAGCAAUAUAGUGCAUUGGACAUUUUCUUUUAAAUGUAAGUGGUAUGUUAUAUGUUGCUAUUGGUUGGAAGAAUUGUGAAAGCAGGUGUAUUUAUAAAAGCUAUGUUUUUUAUAUAUAUAUAUAAAAUAAACAGACAACCAAUUACCCUACAAGCCUUUGCUAUACACAGAGAAUAAGCUAGAAUAAUACUGAUCUGCAAACAACUGUUUCGCAUACAACUUUCAUUAAAACAUAUUGUGGCUGA